UUGCUGCAGAUUCGUCUGAGAUGCAGUUUAUGGGCUUGGAGGUCGGGCCUCCAACUGUAUGACUCUGAGACUCCUACAGCAUUAAUAAAGGCUACUAAGCUGGGUAGAUCUCUGGUAUUCUAGGUGACGAGGCUGCUCUACAACCACUAUCCUCCACACAGCUGAUUCUCGAUCGCGGAAUGCAAAACGAGUUUACUCCUCUGAGCGGCGACAGUUUUCAGUUGAAUUUGCCUUGGUCGCUCCCAACGGAACAAGGACAGAAUCAAUCUCAACCCCAGGCUACAGCUACUUUCAACGCUGGGUUAACUAUAACGGAAGACCUGGCUGGGGUGGUUCAAAAUAUGGGCGGCGUAACGGGUUCAACCGUAGGCUUGGUGAAUAACGAGACAACAUUAUGCAGUAUUGCGUUCCAUCUCAUUGUCCAAUGCAACAGAGCAGGGAAGGAUGUGCUGGAGCUGGAGACGAAGCUGCGAUACGGGUAUAGGAUGCCGGCUCUUCCGGGGGAGGGAUGCCGAGUGGAUAACAGGACGCUUCUAACUGUGCUUGCAGAACUUGUGUGAUAUAUCCGCGAGAUAAUAUGGAUUUCUGGCAUGUCACCAUGAAAAUCUGGCAUAUUGAAGAUAAUCAAUAGCUGAAACGGUGACAUACCACUUAUGUAGCUGCCCAAUCAGCAAACAGCAUAUUUA